GAGUCUAAAUUAAAAGUUAAAAUUAAUUUUCCUGAGGUCCUCAUUUCUCCAGUCUCUCUCCUGCAUAUUGUUGAAGUGGUUAACGGCCAAACAGCUGAUAUCUCAACUUCCAGAGAUGACUAGUAUCUUGGCGAGCCGGCCUCCAGCAAGGCUGCCGGCGACUGGAGACACUUUUGCCGCUGUUCUGAAAGCUGCUGAUUGCAGAAUCCUCUGUUUCGGGUAUUCGAAUUUGGAAACUCACAUCCGCACGCGUACGACCGGCGGUCCUACGCAGCCGCGCCCUAGGAAUUCGUGCGUCGUUUUCUCCGGUAAAUUGGACGAUAGUGUUGAAGGCGAUGAUGCCUCUGAGAGGGAAGAAAGCGGUAGUGAUUCUGUUAACAGUGACCUAAUCAGGGAAGAGCUUGAAAAAAUUGUUGGGAGAGAUGAUUCCAGUUUCAACGGGAUGGAUCUUGCAACUCUUAUACGGAACAGAUAUGGAAGGUCUUAUGAUGUGCAACUAAUUAAGAAGGAAUUCAUGGGCAGAAACCUCCUUGCUUUAAAUGUCAUGUGGAAGUACAUGGAGCAGAGAUCAUUCCCAUUGACUGAAGAAGAGUAUAUUUUGAGACUUGAUGAUGUGGCAAAUACUUUGAAAUGUUGGGGCGCUGUCUCACAUAUCCGGAACAGUCUUCAGAAGGUGAAAGAACGGCCUCGGAUUGGCAAGGCCGUAAGCAUCUUCAUAGAUAUGGACGAGUCUGGGGGGCGAGCAAAUGAGUGGAUAUACAAGUAGGCCAUUCCAAAUCCGGUGUAUCUUUUUUAACUGUUGCAGGUGCACUAUAUAUGUAUGCCACUGGCAAAGCUGGGACACGUUGGUUACUGCUUUCAGAUCGUAACAUUGAAGGCCUGCUUGAUGCUGGUCAAUAUAUCUGGCGAUGGUGUUGGAGGUGAGCACAUCAGCAAAAGUGAUUAGCAAUACUUGUGUUUAAAAGUGUGUUAUUCUUUCCUUUUCUUUGUAAAUCCAAAAUGACAAGUAUAUGUUCUUACACGACAAAUAAUUGGUACACUCUAUAAUUUAGUGUUAUUUAUUAAUUGUUGCUUAAA